AUAAACUUCUCCUAUGAAUGAAAUCCGAUUCGCACGAAGGAUUUUAUCGCAAAAUAAUCAAUAUCUUGCUCCUUGUCGAUUAGCCAUACAGCAAAACAUCUCGUUUUUCAUUCCAGAAAUCACUUCACCAUGGCUUCUCCCAAAGUGUUUUUGUGUGUCUUACUACUUCAAUUGUGCUUGCUGGUUGAGGCCGUAGUGCAUAGCCCUGGCCGCGGUGGUCGCUUCGGCGCUGCUAAGAGAAUUGCGC